GUUUCCUAACGUUUCUCCCUCUGUCGUAUAAAAAAUUUUUUUAUGUUCAUAUAAAAAAUUGUAAUAACUAUGUAUUUCAGUGUGAAUGUAAAAUGUGCGGAAAAUAAAUGAACUUUUAAUGUAUAGAGAAUAGAAAACCUAACAGAGAAAUAUAAGUACAAUUCUAAAUUAAUAGACUAUAAGACAAGUUUUGAAAUUCCUAACCCCUAUUCUGUGCGGCUAUUGUGUUUGUGUUUAUAAUCACAAUUGUAAUCAGUUAAUAAGAGGAAACAAUACGAAUUUAGUUUGCGUAAUAUCACGUUAUUUUACUAGCAAUAUUAAAUUAUUGAAAAAUGGCUCAAGCGUAUGACAAUUAUUACAACGAUUACCAUAAAAAUGCUGAAAUACAACAAAACCUGAAAUACAAGAAAAAGUAUCAAAAACUCAAAAAGAUUGUGAAGAAUACUGUAUUUGAAAAUGCAGCGCUGUGCGAUCAAGUUGCACAUAUGCAAGAGAAUUUGAUGAUUGUAAAGGAAGAAAGGUUAUUCCUUUUGCGCAAGUUAUAUCAACAACAGGGAGAGAUAGAAUCCAAUUCUACAGUAGCACGUUCCCAGUCAAACAAUGUGAAUUCUCAAUCAUUUAAUCCAGAUUAUGUGACGCCAAAAAAGACAGUGAAGAAAAGAACUUCUAUAGAUGGAUCAGAACCAAAAAGCAAAACAAAGAGAUACAACAAGACCACUAGGAAGGUAGUUCAGUCAAUUCCACUAGACGUGCAUGGGAGACCGAUAUUUCCCAUUGCUUUGGGGGAUCUCACGAUAUAUUCUCUUGGAGAAGUGGUAUCAGACAGAAUUGCAUAUCACACAGAAGAUCUUAUAUUUCCAGUAGGCUAUUGUAGUACAAGAGUGUAUGCUAAUUUACGAGAUCCGAGAACAAAGAGCUUGUACACUUGUAAAAUAUUAGACGGUGGUCCAAAACCCAGGUUCGAAAUAGUAUCCGAUAACGAUUUGGAUCAGCCACUAGUCGGAUCUACGCCUGACGAAUGUCACUCAAAAUUAUUGGCAGCAAUUUCUCCGGCUCUUUGCUCGAUAAUGCCGAAAGGUCCGGAUUUCUUUGGAAUUUCUCAUCCUACCGUGCAAAAUUUGAUACAAAGUUCUCCAGGAACGCGUAAAUUAGCUCUGUACAAACAACAACGUUUCGAAGUAAGCAAAAAUCAUGUAAUCGAGCCGUCUACAAGUCCCGUAACGGAAAUGGAGACUGAUCCGGGACUCGGUUUCGCGGCACUACACAGGCAUUAUGCCUUGAAUUCUUACAGAGUAAAAGAGGAACCGUCGGAUCAUGAUCUACUAACGCUUCAAGAUCUUCUCGCCUGACCGUCAAUGUGAUAGAUAUUAUGUAUACACACACACAUAUUUAUUUAUAGUAAAAUUAAAAAUAAAAAUAUCUCAUUUAUAUAAAAACAAUCAAAGACUAAAAACUUUCUCGAUUUUAUAUAUAUAUAUAUAUACAUAUAUAUGUAUAGUUUCACUUCGUCGAGGAUAAUUUCUGUCUCUCAGUAUGUUAUAUUCGCACGUGUAAUAAUUGCAAAGUAAACUAUAUUUUUCAAUAUUUCUAUAUAAUAUUUAUUUAAGCCAUAGUGUGUAUAAAACGAUCGAUUUUUGACAAAUAUCGUAAUCGUUAGGACUUUUUUCCCUUUAAGUCAUGUAGAAAUUGAGACAUUGAUCACGAUCAACGGAACGCGACCGUUGUAUACGACGGAUAUUUGUUCAAAAUUUUCAACGUUUUGAACAUUUCUGCCGAAGCGUUCAGCAGGAAGACACGAAAACAAUGGUUGCGUUCUGUCGAACGCGCCAAUAUUGAUAUAUUUCGUUAGCAAUACGCUCACCAUGUGUGUUGACAAUAUUUUGUUUCGGUAUAAUAUUUUACACAAAAUCUAAUUUUUAAUCACGCACAGUAACGAUAUCUGUGUUAUAUGGCACAAUAAUGAUUAUUUAUAUAAUCCAACAGAUUAAAAUAUUUUCUGUCGGUGCAAUCUAAAAGUUUCAUUCGAAAUUAAAUAACUCAUUCAAACAAACAUUCCUAAGGAAGAAAUAUAUAAAAUAGUCAUAGACAUAUAUAUAUAUACAUAUAUACAUAUAUAUGUAUGUCUAUAAAAAUAGUCAAAUAUAUAAUGUGAUACAAAGCACUGUGUAUUAUUUAAGAUUAUUUUAAUAUUUGGGGUCUUAUUUUACUGUAUAUAUAUAUAUAUAUAUAUAUAUUUUUUUUAAGAUAAUGUGUAACAUGUAUACUAUAGAUUAUAGAUUUUUACUGCUAUACACACACAAUAUUAUUUUUAUAAAUGUACGCUUAUAACGGUACACGGUUGUAUAGCACAGCGCCGAUUGGAGAUCACAAAUCGAUAUUGAAUGACUAGCUAUUGGCGUAAAAAGCUCAAAAUAUAAGAAUCCUUAUAAAACUUGAGAAAUAUAUAUAUAUAUACACACACACAUAUAUAUAUAUAUAUAUAUAUAUAUAUAUAUAUAUAUA